CUGUUCGACCGACAUCCGCGUUCAGCUUUACUAAUAUAGUGAACACCGAGGGUAACGUUACAAAUGAAACUUCGUAUUUACUUUCCGUCUGAGCUUCGAUUUGAUCCCAUUUCGACGACUCCUUCGUUCGACUGUUUCGUUGCUAUUUUGGACUUCACCCGAGCAUUUAGGGAUCUUUUCUUAGCUGGAGUUUUCUGUACCCCUGGUACUGGGCCGAAUCCGAGCCUAGUUCUCGGGCUGCAGCGCCAGAUCCGGACGCAGUGCUCGCGUAUCCGUCACUCGAGCUCAGUGUGUGUGUGCCAGCACUCGCUUCUUUGACCACCCGGUUCACUCAAAUCUGAUAACCUCCAAUCAUGUCGGACAGUGAAGAAUACAGCUCUUCCGAAGAAGAGGAGGAGGAGCCUCCCAAGCCAGUCGCCAAAGCCGCUGAGGUUAAAAAGGAUGAUGGUAAAAAAUCAGCCGCCGAUGCUGCUAAGGUCAAGCAACAAGAGCAAGACCGUAAAAAGGCUGAGGUGCGCAAGCGUCUCGAAGAGGCUGCGGCCGCCAAGAAAGCCAAGAAAGGUUUCAUGACCCCCGAGAGAAAGAAGAAACUUCGACUUUUGCUGCGUAAGAAAGCCGCUGAGGAAUUGAAGAAAGAACAAGAGCGUAAAGCUGCCGAACGACGACGCAUCAUUGAAGAGCGCUGCGGCCAGCCCAAAAAUCUUGACGACGCCAAUGAGGCCGCCCUGAAGCAGAUCUGUGUCGACUACAAUGAUCGCGUUAUCAUAUGCGAGUCGCAGAAAUGGGACUUGGACUUUGAAGUCAGAAAAAAAGAUUACGAGAUCAACGAGAUCAACAUCCUCGUUAAUGACCUCCGAGGCAAAUUUAUCAAACCAUCUCUGCGCAAAGUCUCCAAAUACGAGAACAAAUUCGCCAAACUGCAAAAGAAGGCCGCCGAAUUCAACUUCCGUAACCAGCUUAAGCAAGUGAAAAAGAAGGAAUUCACAAUGGAGGACGAAGAUAAGGAGAAAAAACCGGAUUGGUCAAAGAAAGGAGGAGAAGGCGAGAAGAAGGAAGGGGAAGAGGGAGAAGGCGAAGCUCCGGCCGAAGGAGAAGCUCCAGCCACUGCCGAAGGUGCCCCCGCUCCCACCGAAGGAGCUCCACCGGCUGAAGGCGCUCCCGCUGAAGGAGCCCCAGCCGACGCCGCCCCUGCUGAAGGUGCAACAGGCGAACCCGCUCCUCCCGCUGAAGGCGCACCACCUGCCGAUGGGGCACCACCUGCUGACGGCGCUCCACCUGCCGAAGGCGCUCCUCCCGCCGAAGGCGCUCCUCCCGCUGAAGGCGCACCACCUGCUGAAGGCGCUCCUCCCGCUGACGGCGCUCCUCCUGCUGACGGCGCACCACCUGCCGAAGGCGCUCCUCCCGCUGAAGGUGCUCCUCCCGCUGAAGGCGCUCCUCCCGCCGAAGGUGCUCCUCCCGCUGAAGGUGCUCCACCAGCUGAAGGUGCUCCACCUGCCGAUGCUCCCGCCCCGACCGAGGGAAGUCCAGCGGCCGCACCUGCUGACGGUUCUGCCGCUCCAGCAGAGGGUCAAGCCGCUCCGUCUACAGAAGGCGCACCGGCAGCUGCACCCGCAGCCGAAGCCGCUCCCGCACCCGCUGAAGCUGCUGCGCCACCCGCAGAGGAAGCACCUGCUAGUUAAACAACUGCAAAAACAUCAAAACCUUUUUUUUUUGUGUCCUCGAUUUGGGGUCUUUCACUCCUUAAUACCAACGAACUAGUCAGCUGAAAAUAUGUAUUGGGAAAAAAAAAAAAUAAUUUUGGGGUGGCAGCGAGUGACUUGGAGGUCGACGAUUGGGUAGGGUUUUUGUUUUUUUCCACCCUUUGUCAACAUAUUAUUUUUAACACUGUUUGGUUACAUAAGAUACGGAAGGGAUGAGGGAAUUAAUAAAUUGGGAUUUUCAAUUGUUCAGACCUAUCUUUUACGCGAUAUCUCUCUUCUGUGUAAUCUUUUGGCUUCAAUCUCUGGACUGAAGAUUUGUUAAAAGAACUGAUGAAACGUGCUUCUAAAAGACAACCAACAAAGCUUACCCGCUAUCACAAUACACACAGUUCAUGAAGGA